UCGAUCCUCACCCAACUCGCGCCGCCCGGCCGCAGAGAAGAAGAAAGUACCAGUUGACUCAUUGUCAAGCCUCGAUACCCAGUUCCCCAGCCAACACUCGCCGCCCGGCUGCGCGAUGGGAGGUCCAGACGAGCGUCAAGCCAUAGCCGCCGGGGAGCUCAUCUCCGCCCGCCACCCUCCUCCCACCGAGGGUUGCGCCGUCGUAGGCGUCGCAAACCUGCCGCCUCCUGGAUUCCUCGCGCCCCUCCCACACGCACCACGGCCGUCGGCCUGGUCGAUCCCGCCAGGCAGGAGUCCAGGGACCUGGAGGCGGAAGCAGAGUGUGUCCUCGAUCAUGGCCAACCUGGACGACCAUGGCCAGAACAAGGAUGAGAGCAUCGGGUUGAGGCUCUCCGUGAAGCGGGAGAGGAAGAGGAGCAAGUACCUCUUGCUGCCAUACACCAACGAUCUUGACGGGCUGGAUCUCGACGAGAAGGAGGAGGAUGUCGGUGCCCGGGAGGUCUUGCUGUUGGUGCGCGGCUUCGCCAAGGACAUCUUUCAUCGGAUGUAUUUUCCUAAGGCUGCAAAGGGGUAUCUCGGAAGGCUUAGGAGCUCAACGUUCUUGCCGGAGAAUACUUUUGCAAAUGGUGUUGCUGUUCCUGAAUGUCCAGCAGAGGAUGCUUUUGCAAAAGCUACUGCAGAUGCUACCAUUGUGGUAUCUUAUUCAUCAUGUGAUUCUGAGAAGAAACAAGGCGAAGGUGCAUUCAAGGGGAGCGGAGGGAAGAAUGAUCAAGAUGGAAGUGGAGGUUCUUCUAUCAAAGGGAAAGAGGUGGAGAAAGCCCCUCCACCAAAAAACCAUCUUGACCAUGGCUUACUUAUUACUCCCGCUAUUCCUAUCAGGCAAGUGAGGCCAGAAGGUGUGAUAAGCCAUGUGAAACCAGGAGUUGAGGUAGAUACUGUCACAAGUGUGCAGAGGCCAACGGAAGAAACCGUUCCUCCUACAACUGGUUUGCUUCCUAUGCAUGAAGGCAUAUCUUCUCAGCUCGCACAUGGAAAUGAAGACACUGUCCAAGAACAAGAACCUAAUGCUUCUCUGCAGGUGAUGGUUCUGAAGUUACCGAACGUUCAUCCGCCCCCACCUGCCCCGACAACUCAGCUGAGCAUCCCUGAAAUGAGGAGGGGGGUCAAGCACAUGAUCUCGCACCUGCAAGAUGGAGUCAAGCCCGUCCAGGACAACCUUCUAGGCGAUUUGCAAAGGCUUCUGGCAAACCUUGACAGGGCACAACCCGGGCCUUCUAGCUCUGCGACCACUACUUCAUAGCCCUUGCCCACCGUCUGGCUUCGUGGAUCUGGCCUCUCCAUAGUUCUUGUUGGUGUAUGGACUCUUCUUGUUUUCUUUUCAUGGAGAUUCUUUUUUCCAUUUGAUGAUGAACAAAAUGUAGUUGCAAAGUCAAUGCGAA